UCCAUUCACUGACUACUCAAACGCUUCUCUCUUUGACUUGGAUUUGUCUUAUUUAACACCAACAUGUGUAAGGGGCUUGCAGCCCUACCUGCAACAUGCUUGAAAAGUGCAAAAGACAUCAAGCAUAAGAUUGGGUUCCUGCUCCAGAAGCCAGAGCCUGUUCAGGAGCACAGGCUCCCUAAGGAAAAGGAGACGGCCACUGCAGUGAAAAGCUGUGCUCAUGUUGAUACUGAGAAAUGGAAAACAUCAUUUAACAACUUGAUUAAGAAUGAGGUUGGGCGGGUUGCAUUUACAACCUUUUUGAAGUCUGAGUUCAGUCAGGAAAAUAUUGAAUUCUGGGAGGCUUGUGAGGACUUCAAGAGAAUGCCCACAGAAAAUAUGGAAUUAAAAGCCAAACAGAUCUUUGAGCAAUACAUCGAUGUUGAGUCCCCAGAGCAGGUUAACUUGGACUCUGCAACAAGAGAAGAAACCAGAAGGAAUUUGGAAAAGUGUGAUAUCAGCUGCUUUGAUGAGGCUCAGAGUAAGAUUUUUAUACUGAUGGAGAAAGACUCAUAUAGGCGCUUUCUGAAGUCCCAGCUGUUCCUAGACCUGUCACAACCACCCAGGGAUGAAAAGCCCUGCGGCUUGCAGAGGAAGGGAACCUUUACUGAGUUUGGUCAGUGCCUCCUGUCACAUUGUGCCUAACUUACACUUCUUCAGAUGAACACUUAUGACAUGCACACCACCUCUUACACAGUAGAAUCCUUUCAUUUCUAAAAGAAACAAAAAACAUUUAAGCAAGAGCUUAACAAGUAAUACAGAAACUGCAGAUCAGAAUGUUCAGUAUACAGAUUGUUUUCUUAGAAGUCCUUUGUGGCUUUAAUUCAUUCCUCAACAAUAUGACCAAAUUAUUAAUAAAUUCCAAUGUAGCGACUGAAUAUUCAUUUUCUCUACUUUACUACAGUUGUAGGAAACUACAGGUAAUUUGAUACACCAAAGAAAAUUACAGACUGAAAUACAUAACAUUUCAGGUAUAGACAUCAAAUAAUAGUUACAACUACAUGACUGUUACAGAUAGGCUAGUAACAUAAUUGUUUUACAUAUGUUUGAGUCAGUGUGCAAGUUGUAGGACUAUCAUGUGCAGUACUGUUUGAAGAUGGUAACUAUCAACUAACCAUAUACAAAUACACACAUAUAUCCUAUGUCUUAUUAGUUAUUUUCAGUGUUGUCAGUUACCAGUGUUAGUACCAUUGUUGUUAGUUGCAAAUUUCACUAUUUAAAUAAAUUUGGUCCUUGUAAUUAUGGCUUAAACUCUGGAACAUUAAUGACAAAUGAAAGUGAUAAGAUGUAUUUUCAAUAUGUGAUGAUGUUGGUUUGUUCCAGUGCUGUGACAUUCAAGUAAUUACUAUACCCUUAGUCACUUUCAUCUUCAUAUUAGAAUAAAAGGCUAACUGAUGUUUACAUAUUUGUUCACCGAUAUUACAUUUGUUUACUGUGUUGCAUAUAUUUA